GCACAACGUGCUGCAGAGACACGUAUUAACAUGAGCUGGGGAAGUUUCAGUGCAUGUACAGUGAAACAAGCAUCCGGAUACCAGAAAGCAGCAACUCUCAGAAGGAAAAGAUGGAAGAUAAGCCCCUUACAGCAUGUGCAAUGUCAGUACACAGUAUAGAUAAGUGUGGAGGCCUUACUAACAUGCACGAAGAAUCUGAGAGGUACGAGAGCUUUAUUUUGGGGGCUUUCCCUGCCAUAUUUCAGCAAAAGCAGUUGUCCCAGGCAGGAUUCUACUAUGUGGGGCCUGGGGACCGGGUGCGGUGCUUCUCCUGUGGGGGAGAGUUGGACGCGUGGGAGCCCUGGGAUGUGCCCCUCACCCGACACCGAAUCUCCUUCCCUGACUGUCCCUAUGUGUGGGAGCAGAGUUCUGAGGGGGCUGGGGCAGAGGAUCAUUACAAGGUGCGCAAAGAGUAUAAUGAAAAACUGCUAAUUCUGAAACAAGCUCCUGCCAUCCACUUUCGCAUGUCCUGUGAGUACAUGAGUGAUCAGGAACACAUAAGGUUAGAGACAUACAGAGGGCAUGGGAAGUUUUUCUUCUAUCAUACCCCGCUGCAUCUAGCUCGAGAAGGGUACAACUAUGUGGGGCCUGGGGACCGGGUGCAGUGCUUCUCCUGUGAGGGGGAAUUGGAGGCAUGGGAGCGCUGGGAUGUGCCCCUCACCCGACAUCGACACUCCUUCCCUGACUGUCCCUAUGUGCGGGAACUGAGAGCCAGUAGGGGUCACACAGAGGAUCAGUAUCAGCUGGCACACUUCAGCCACUUAAACAACCCACUGGAGAAACCCCUUGAGGACAUGAGUGAUGAGUACAGCAGGUUAGAGACUUACCGGGGGCACAGUAUCCAUUUCCUGCAUAUUAAACCACUGCAGUUAGCCCAGGCAGGAUUCUAUUUUGUUGGCCUUGGGGACCGGGUGCGAUGCUUCUCCUGUAGGGGGGAGUUGGAGAAGUGGGAGAAAUGGGAUGUGCCCCUCACACGGCACCGGCUAUCCCUCUUUAAUUGCCCCUAUGUGCGGGAGCUGACAGCCAAAGGGGCUGGGUUAGAGGCUCAGUACCAGGAAUGUACAAUGCCUCCUCUGAACAUGAGUGAUGAGAACAAAAGGAGAGAGACUUAUAGAGGCCACAGUCAAGAUUUCCUCAAUGAAUGUCCCCUGAAAUUGGCCAAGGAAGGAUUUUACUAUGUGGGUCCUGGGGAUCUGGUGCAGUGCUUCUCCUGUGGGGGGGAGUUACAGAGGUGGGAAGAGGAAGAUUUGCCCCUCACCCGACAUGAAUACUUUUUCCCAAACUGCCUCUGUGUUCGGGAACUGAGAGCCAAGAAGACUUGCAAAAUAUUUGAUUACCGGGAGAGGACAUGGCGCAUUUCAGACAUAAAAAGCAAAUUAUUGUCCCCCUGUGACUCCAAGAUUGAGGCUGUGAUACCUCUAUGGGACAUGAAUGAUCAAUAUAGUAGGGAAGAAACUUACUGCCUGCACAGGGACUAUUUUUCCUACAACUCACCACUGCAAUUGGCUCAGGCAGGAUUUUACUAUUUAGGCCCUGAGGACAGGGUGCGGUGCUUCUCGUGUGGGGGGGAGUUGGAAAGGUGGGAGGACUGGGAUGUGCCCCUCACCAGGCACCUACACUUUUUCCAUAAUUGCCCCUAUGCAUUGCAGCAAAGUGCCAAAAGGACUGGGGCACAAAUUCAAAAACAGGAGCAUACGGAGCCCAUUACUAUAAAAGAACGUGUGGUACUUGCACUCCAGAGCAGCUCCAAUAGCCACAGGAUGAAAUCAUGUGAGGACAUGAGUGUUGAGUACAAUAGGUUAGACACUUACCGGGGACGCAGGGGGCAUUUCUUCUAUAAGAACCAACUGCUCUUGGCCCAUGUAGGAUUCUAUUAUGUGGGCCCAGGAGACCGGGUGCGAUGCUUCUCCUGUGGGGGGGAGUUGGAAAAGUGGGACUACUGGGAUGAUCCCCUCACCCGGCACCUACACUCCUUCCCUGACUGCACCUUUGUGUGGGAGCAGAGUCCAGUAGUUCCAGGCAGCUCUGUAAUGUUUCAUGACAAGAUUGUGCACCCAACAAUGGAAUUUCCUUUCAGCAAAUGCAUUGACCUCCCAGAAAUACAGUCUGGCAGAAGAAAAAAACAUGAAAGGUGUCUGUCAUCGCCUGAUUCUCAUGGAAAGAAGAGGCAAAAUAAGUCUAAAAAAGCACAACAGCCUGGCAGAAGAAGAAAACCCAAAACAACGACAGAGCCAACCAAGACUGAAGAGGGUGAGAAAACUUCUAGCUCACAGAGCACCCCCAGUCAUAUGAAAGAUCGCACCCACUCAGCACAACCUAGCUUUUGUUCCUUAGAGCUGCUAUCAGACACAUCAGAUGAAGAUGGUUGGUCAUCAGAAGAUGAGGACAUGUUGGAAAUGUUACAAAAGGAUACUGAGGACAUGUUGGAAAUGUUACAAAAGGAUACUGAAGGGCCGUUUAGCACAAUAGGAAAAGACGAAAGGGAAAUGUCAUCAUCUGACUCAGACUCAACAACAACAUGCUUAAAUUCUCCCGUUCAAGAGAUGGAAGGAUCUCAAGGCAUUAAACUGGAAUCUGAAGAGCAAGAUUGGCCAAGUGAAUGUGUAAUGGAAUGUGAGCUGUGUGGAAAGAUUUCUGCUUCAGUACAAAUCAGACCACAAAAUAAUGGAAAUAAAUACAGAUUAGAGCUGCCAUGCAAGGGUCUCUUCCGAUGCUCAGAAACAGGAAUACAGUUUCGGGUGAAAUCACCACUUGCUAUUGAAUAUGAACUUCUUUUCUGGGGAGAUAACAUAGAAACCAUACAGCAAACCAUUUAUAUUGUUGGUCCCCUCUUCAACAUCACGGUAAUAUCAGAACCUGGCUUGGUAUCAGAGGUCUAUGUGCCCCACUAUGUGUGCCUGAAAGGUGGAAAUACUGAUAUUCUGGAAAUGAAAAUCGUUCAUUAUAAAGAUGACAAUAUGAUCCUGGAGUCGCCAACCAGAGUUGAGCCCUUUUAUGCUGUACUGGAAAACCCCACCUUCUCGAUAAUUGGGGCUGGUAUCCAAAAGUAUUUUUCCAAAAUCUUUGGAAGAAAAAUCCCAAUACAUGGAAUUGUCCAGUUGUACUGCAGAUACAUCACAGGUUAUACCUUUCACCUCUACUUAAUGCCACAAGAUCACUCUUUAAAAAAGGAGGUGGAAAAAUCGGAGAAUAAGCAUGGUUUUAAUGAAAUUAAGAAACCCCCCUUGAUACGCACUGUGUACAGCACGAAUAGAUAUACUGUGAAAGGACCAAUAACAGCAGAAAUAAAUCCAGAGGUUAUUGAGAUGUGCAUUGAUAAACUCACUGUGGUGAACAAUUACAGCGAAAUUUAUCUAUCAAAAAUGGAAGACAGCGUAUCUAUACAUCUCAUAUCAAGUACAGACACACUUGACGGAGAAGACAAUGUUGUGUGGAAAACUAUGCUGAGGAAAGAAGACCUAAGGAUGACAGAGCAGGCUGUUUGUGAGGAGCUUAUAUCAGGAGAACAGAAGCCAGCAGGUGGGAAGCACAUUAUGGAUAAGCACAGAUCAGAGCUGAUUGCCAGGGUGAGCAACAUUGACCCUGUCCUGGAUGAUCUCCUGGAUGAUGAGAUCCUGACCCAGGAUCAGUACGAUUCAGUGAGAAGCAAGAGCACCUCCCAGGAGAAGAUGAGGGAACUCUAUGACUGUGCCAGGGCAUGGGGAGACGGUGAGAAGGAGGAACUCUUCAAGGCCAUGGAAAAACAUAAUCAGCCUCUAAUCUCGGAUCUAAAACACAAAUCUAUAACAUAGGCCAGGGAUCCCCAACCUUUUGAACCUGUGAGCAACAUUCAAACGUAAAAGGAGUUGGGGAGCAACACAAGC